GGGAGGACGAUGGCCAGCGCCCGUCUCGCUCAGGCUCUCAUCCCUGUUGCCGCCGCGGUGUGCCUCCUGUGGGCUCUCGGCCUCCGGGGCAUAGAGGCCGGGCCAUCACCCUCGCCCCCCGGGCUGCCGGGGGGAGCCGCGUGCCUGGAUCUCUUUACUGCCGGGGUACCUGCCUUCGUGCUCGACACUGAGGCCUCGGUCAGCAAUGGGGCCACCUUCCUGGGCUCCCCCACUGUGCGCCGCGACUGGGACUGCGUCCGCGCCUGCUGCGCCACACACAACUGCAACCUGGCGCUCGUGGAGCUGCGGCCCCACGGCCUGGAGGAUGACACCCCCUCCUGCUUCCUCAUGAACUGCCUCUACGAGCAGAACUUCGUGUGCAAGUUCGCGCCCAGGGAGGGCUUCAUCAACUACCUCACGCGAAAGGUUUACAGCAACUACCGGGACCUUCAAACCCAGGGCUUUGGAGGCCCCCGGGUCCUCAAGGGCUGGGCAGGCAUGAACAUAAAGGUACAACCCCAGGAACCCCUGGUGCUGAAGAGUGAGAAGAAUACAGAUUGGCACCUACUACAAGGUGCCACGUCCAUCAAAGUAGAGAAAAAUGACCCAGACCAUGUGACGCUAUGGGGACUCAAGGAAGGCAUCUACUUGUUCCAACUGAGAGUGACAAACUCCGGCCAGCCAGACAACACUGCCAAUGUUACGGUCACUGUGCUGUCUGCCAAACAGACAGAAGAAUAUUGCCUGGCAUCCUACAAGGUGGGCCGCUGCCGGAGCUCCUUUCCCCGCUGGUACUACGACCCUUCGGAACAGAUCUGCAAGAGUUUUGUUUAUGGAGGUUGCUUGGGCAACAAGAAUAACUACCUUAGGGAGGAAGAGUGCAAGCUAGCCUGCCGGGAUGUGCAAGGCCCCCCUGUGGAAAGGCAUCAUCCAGUAUGCUCUGACACCUGUCAGACCACCCAGUUCCGCUGCAGCAAUGGCUGCUGCAUCGACAGUUUCCUGGAGUGUGACGCCAGCCCCGACUGUCCUGAUUCCUCUGAUGAGACUGCCUGUGAAAAAUACACCAGUGGCUUCGAUGAGCUCCAGAGCUUCCGUUUCCCCAGUGACAAAGGGCACUGUGUGGACCUGCCAGACACUGGACUCUGUCAGGAGAACAUCCCCAGAUGGUACUACAACCCCUUCAUCGAACGCUGCGCCCGCUUUACCUAUGGUGGUUGUCAUGGCAACAAGAACAACUUUGAGGAAGAGCAACAGUGUCUUGAGUCCUGUCAAGGCAUCUCCAAGAAGGAUGUGUUUGGUCUGCGGCGAGAAAACCCCAUCCCCAAUGUAGGCUCUGUGGAGGUAGCCAUUGCAGUUCUCCUGACCACCUGCAUCGUGGUGAUGGUAGCCAUCCUGGGUUACUGCUUCUUCAAGAACCAGAGGAAGAGCUUCCGUAGCCACCACCACCGCCACCACCCCCCGCCCCCGACCCCUGCCAGCUCCACAGUCUCCACCACUGAGGACACGGAGCACCUGGUCUAUAACCACACGACCCGACCCCUCUGA